UGGUGCGGCCCCGCGAGCUUCGUCCGCGCCAAAAAUGUCGAUUAGGGUUUCAAAAGCCCCAACCAAAAGCUAAGAAAGGGAGGGCGAAAAAAAGCGCUUUUGCUCAAAGAGAGAUCGAAAUGGAGAGGGAGGUCGAGAUUCGAACCCUAGAUGGUGAGUUGAUCACCAUUAUGAUAUCUCGCGAUCGCUCGAUCCGCGAACUCAAGGCGAUUCUGAAGGAAUCGUUUCUACCAGCUAAGAAUUGCCCUAAUUUUCACCUCUUCUUCAAGGGUGCUAAAUUGAGGUUAGAUAGUGCGAUCGAGAGCCUUCAUAUCGAUCGUGGUGAAUUUAUUGUUCUCAUUCCUUUCGCGAAGAAAUCGCUGCAACUUUCUGGAGAAGUGGAUCCUGCUGAUCAGAGCACAGCCUCUUCGAAGCCCUGCGAAGUGUCUGCUGCGUCUAUCUCUGCUUGGCAAGAUAUAAUGAAUGACCUCUCAUCUAUAUCCCAGACCUCACAAGCCGACACAACUCCGAAAGAUGUUGGUCCUUCCAAUAUUGUGAAUAGUGUGAAGGAGAAGGUAUCUAUGAAGCGGAAACGAAAUGGGGAUAAUGAUUGUGUUAUUCGGGAAAUAUUAAGGUCUGAUUUUGAGAAUGUUUUUGAACCACAUAGCAGUGAUAGAAUACGACGUGUUGUGGAGCCUGUUAGUUGUUUGUGUAGUGACACGGGCUGCUGUUUUCUCUUUGAAGAAUUCUUUAAGUUGUCUAACAUUACCGAGCAGUGUAUGUGCCCGCCAUGGUUGAAGAGACUACUGAAGGUCUUUACCUUUCUUAAUGUAUUUUACGCGUUCUUUCAAAUGCAAUGCAAAUGCUUGACUCGGGAUUAUUUAGAGGGUGCAAUGAGGCAGGCUCACAGCUUUGGACUCGACAACGUAAGCAUAUCAGAUGUAGAGACCCUUUCACGUCUUUGUCCGAAGGUUGUACUAAUUCUCGGCAAACAUGAAAAUCCAGUGAAGAAGUUGAGUGGCACUAUUGUUAUUGGCAAUUCUGCAAUGGAGCAAUGUGAUUCAGCAUCAAUGAAUAGGAGUGUUAGAAAACGGGCGCCUAUCUCAACAGUUAUCAACUCUCUGACAAAACGUUGGAAUGUCUUCAAAGCCGCUCUAUGGAAGUCUGCUAAGGUUUGCAUGAAAAAGAAGCUAUCAGAAAGUGGCAAGCCAUUAGAACUUUCUCUUGAAGAUCUCAUUUUGCUGGAGAAUUAUGGUGCUGCAUCAGUAGCUAGUGAUGCCAAGAUAGCAAAGAUGACAUCAUCUGCAUCAUUAUGCCAUAAUGUGGAGCCCAUGGAACCUGUGGCAAUGGUCGAACAUCUUAAACAGGGGACUGGAAAGAGAGAACAGAUUGUGCACAUAGAAAUCAUAGAAGCCAAAGAGGCAGUUUAUGUCGAACUUCCCAAUGAUCUCUCCAAAACUAUGAAAGAAGCUCUUAAACAGAUUGGUAUAUCCAAACUAUAUAGUCAUCAGGCUGAAGCCAUUCAAUCUUCGCUCUCUGGGAAGAAUGUUGUUGUGGCAACAUCAACUUCUAGUGGCAAAUCACUUUGUUACAAUCUUCCGGUUCUUGAGUCACUCUCUCAGAGUUCAUUAUCUUGCGCUCUCUAUAUAUUUCCUACUAAGGCUUUAGCUCAAGAUCAGCUGAGAACUUUAUUGGAGAUGAAAAAGGGCCUGGAUAUUGAUAUCCAAAUUAGUAUAUAUGAUGGUGAUACUUCUAAAGAAGACCGUAUCUGGACCAGGAAUAAUGCUCGGCUUUUGAUCACAAACCCAGAUAUGUUACAUGUGUCAAUCUUGCCCUAUCAUGGUCUAUUUCAGCGGAUAUUAUCAAAUCUAAGGUACAUUGUGAUUGAUGAAGCUCAUGCAUACAAAGGAGCAUUUGGAUGUCAUACUGCUCUUGUACUGAGGAGAUUGUGUCGUAUCUGUUCAAAUGUUUAUGGAUGUGAUCCUUCUUUCAUAUUAUGUACUGCAACCUCUGCAAAUCCACGUGACCAUGCUAUGGAACUGGCUAAUUUGCCGAACUUGGAGUUGAUUCAGAAUGAUGGAAGCCCUUGUGGUCCAAAGUACUUCCUAUUGUGGAAUCCUCCAUUAUAUUCAACAAAUAGAUCAAAAAGUCAUAGCCAACGAGAGAAUGGCAAUACUCAAAAAUUUGGUUUAGCAACCAGACGAUCAAGCCCAAUAUUAGAGGUAUCGUACCUCUUGGCGGAAAUGGUUCAACAUGGACUUCGCUGCAUUGCUUUCUGUAAAACACGCAAACUCUGUGAACUAGUCCUAUGUUACACACGUGAAAUCCUUCAGGCGACUGCAGAAAAUCUGGUAGAUACUGUUUGUGUGUAUCGUGCUGGCUAUAUUCCACAGUCACUUCAUCUUCGUGGCUUUAAAACUCGCUUCUUUUGUGGGUGGCUGGGAAACAACGUUACUAGGCAUUUUAUUAUCGUAACUGAGAACAUGGAGCAGGAUAGAAGAAGAAUCGAGUCUGAUCUUUUUGAAGGAAGAAUCCGUGGAGUUGCUGCCACAAAUGCUCUUGAACUUGGAAUUGAUGUAGGACAUAUUGAUGCUACAUUACAUCUCGGUUUCCCUGGUAGCGUUGCUAGCCUGUGGCAACAAGCUGGGAGAUCUGGAAGGCGAGCAAAGCCAUCAUUGGCUGUUUAUGUUGCAUUCGAAGGGCCUUUAGAUCAAUAUUUUAUGAAAUUUCCACAGAAGCUAUUUGGACGACCAAUCGAGCAUUGCCAAGUUGAUUCUCAUAAUCAGAAGGUGCUAGAACAGCAUGUUGCUUGUGCUGCAUAUGAAUACCCGUUGUGCUUGCAGUAUGAUGAGAAGUACUUUGGUGCUGGUCUAAAUCGUGCAACCAUGGCUCUUAAAAAUAAGGGCUAUAUACGUAACGAUCCAACUGGUGCUUUUUCCACGAAAAUGUGGAAAUAUAGUGGACCUGAGGAAAGACCUUCAUAUGCAGUUAGCAUACGUGCAGUUGAAAAUGAUAGAUACAGAGUGAUAAACAAAUUAAGCAACGAACUGCUUGAGGAAAUUGAGGAAAGCAGGGCUUUUUUCCAGGUGUAUGAAGGUGCUGUUUACAUGCACCAAGGUUCCACUUAUCUGGUUGAAGAUCUCGAUUUGCCAUCAAGGACUGCCCUCUGCCGAAAAGCUGACUUGAAGUAUUACACAAAAACCAGAGAUUACACCGACAUCCACGUAAUUGGAAGUGAUCUUGUAUGCCCAUAUCCAGGCUAUCCACCACUGCAUGAAUCUCAUUUUGAGCAUGUAAGAACCACCGCUCAAGCAAAUCCUUGCAGAGUGACAACUAACUGGUUUGGCUUUUACCGGAUAUGGAAAGCGAGCAACCAGAUAUUCGAUACAGUUGAACUUACACUACCUGCGUAUUCCUACGAGUCUCAGGCUGCGUGGAUACGAAUUCCUCUGUCAGUGAAAACUGCUGUGGAGGCGCAAAACCUACCACUUCGCGCAGGCUCACAUGCUGCCUCCCAUGCUCUGCUCAAUGUAGUGCCUAUGUAUAUGAUGUGCAAUGCUUCUGAUCUGGGAACAGAGUGUGCGAACCCCCAUGAUGCCCGUGCUAUCCCCGAAAGACUUUUGCUGUAUGAUCGACAUCCUGGUGGAAUAGGUAUUACUCUGCAGGUCCAGAUACUCUUCGGGGAGCUCCUUAUUGCCGCUCUGGAACUGGUCUCGACAUGCAGUUGCUCUAGCUCUGUUGGUUGUCCAAACUGCAUACAAACACUAUCAUGCGGCGAAUAUAACGAAGUGUUGGACAAAGAGACGGCCAUAGUGAUUCUGAAGGGUGUUAUUGAAUCCGAAAGGUCAUAUUUUCAAAGCAGUGAAGACUCGUCUGAAAGGUAGCGGUCUAGUUGCGACUUGGUCGACCGUCUAAGGUACGCGCUCAGGUUACAGAGUGUCCCUGCAGAGACUUUUUAGAUUCAGCUUAGUAGUCGUCUUUAAGAAUGUCGAAUAUACGCAACGAAAUUUUCAGAUCACUUGUGAAUUAUAGUGUUGCGAAGGCUAAGGAACCAAAAGCUAAUCUUACACCUUGUUAAGCAAAUCCGAUUUAAAUUGCGGCUUUUUGAUCAGGGGAGGCACCAUGCUUGUAGAAUCCUACUAAUGUAGAAAAACCAUUUGUUUUAUCAGCGCAUUUAAUUUUCAAAUUUUGAUAUGAGAAACAAGCAGAUGCCUCAAGAGUGUUGACAUAUAAGUUGCACUAAUUAAUUAUUUGCCAAAUGGUCACUCUUAUUUCC